AUGUAUGAUUUGAAACAACGGAUCAGUUCGGUGAUGGAUGAUGCAGACGAAAAUGAAGUGUUUUUACGACGAUUAAGAAAUUUGUUGCCAAACGAAACCCAAGACAUUAUUGCAGUAUUUAUACUACUGCUUGCGCUUCCAGUUGGUUUUCUUAUAGAAAUUUUCAUCAUUUUGCCGACGACCCAUGAAACUUUCACUGAAGGUUGGUUUUGGCGUGUUGGUAUAUUAUUUUUGCUUGGUAUUAAUGCUUACCUCAACGUGUACAAAAUGAAAACCGUCGGUCCAAACGGUUUGAUUUCUGAUUUGCCUGCACUUAUGAAGCCUGGCUUUCAUUACUGCCACAACUGUCAACUGAAUGUGCCACCCAGAUCUCAUCAUUGUCCAGUUUGUGACAAAUGUUCGUUUCGACGCGAUCAUCAUUGCUCGUUCGCUGCUGUUUGUGUCGGCCACUUCAACCAACGUUACUUUAUAGCUGCCGUCAUUAAUCUUUGGAUUGUCACUGUCGUUGUUUUAACGUGGAAUUGGACUUUUAUGUGGUCAGCACUGGGAAAUUUCUCGUUGUUACAGUAUUGGCAGAUCUUCCUCCCUCAUUUGGCCUUAUUUUUCCGUUUCCUUUCGUUAUCGCAAUUUUUCUCUGUUAUGGUAUUCGUACUCACGAUGACCACCUUAAUGUUUAUAACUUACUUAGCUGCUGCUCAAAUUUUCUGCUUAUAUCGAGGUCAAACUCGUGUGGAGUAUUUACUUGAUGUUCAUGCAUACAAUCUUGGAUUCUUAAAUAAUGUGCGCCAGGCGCUUGGUCGCAAAUGGGUGUUAACUUUUUUCUCACCAUUUAUUUCUUCUCCACUUGAAUCAGACGGAUUGUCUUAUCACACAAAAGGAUCUGAACCAGUUGCGGAAACUACAAAAACUUUGUGA